CCCCCCUCCCUCCCUCCACGGCUUCGCCGCUGCCGCCGCGACUUGAGGGCGCGCGCCGAGCUCCGCGGCUGCCCCGCGCUCCGCGCAACCGCCCCGCGCCGCUUCGCGCUCCCCGCGCCGGGCCCCGGCCAUGGGUGGGAUUACGGCGGCGCCCGCCGCGCUGUAACCGGGAUCGCUUCUUGCCGCUCCCCGCAGGAAAUUAAGAGUUCAAGGAAAGCUUUAAAAGGGGAGUUUUCUUUGAAGGACAUCAUAUUUUUGUGGGUUUUUUUAAUGAAGAAAACCAUCUGAAUUGCCUGACAUUUCUACAGUACAGUCACUUGCGUUCUCGCAGCGCAGGAGGAAUUCUUUCCUGCAUUACAAAUUGGGAAGAAGUGUUAAAAAGUGAGUCGGAAAAUGGUUCUCUGAGAGGCGUGGAUGUAUCAGGAUGUAGCUACUGUACAACGUUUAUACUUGGAUAAUUCCGGACUGGAAAAAGCAGCCCCGUUCCUGACCUCCUGAAGAGGCCACCAUCCUUCAAGCCUCAGCAUAAUGAAUAGUUUCCAUCAUGCAGCGCUGAAGUUACCACCUCCGACUACUACGCUGCACAGAAGAGUUUGUAAGAGUUACAAAGAAAGUAAUUCCUGCUAAAGGCAUUAAACCAAACAAAAGAGGCUCUUCAUUCACGGACUUUACAUGAGGACAGAAAUAGAGGGAAGCUGAAGCUUUUCUACGCCCCAGCCUGGUGUGCUUAUGUACCAUGAUAAAUCUUGGUUGGAAUGCUCAUUGAGUGUCGUGCCAGGAGCCAGAAAACACACACCACUGAGGAGGGCCAUCUGAGUAAACACCAUUGAGGAGAAACACAGCUCCAUGGAGUAAACCGUAAGAGUGACUCGUGAGAAAGACAUUCCUUUACUGGAUAUCCUCAAGCACAAAAUUUACUCUUACCUUUAAAUACGAUUGUUGAAGAUCAGAACUGUAUACAAAUCUCAUCAUUCCUGACCAUGAUUAGUGUAACCUGGAGCAUCUUCCUAGUUUGGACUAAAAUUGGGCUGUUACUUGACAUGGCACCUUGUUCUGUUAGUGCCAAACCAUGCCCUUCAGUAUGUCGCUGUGAUAUGGGUUUCAUAUAUUGUAAUGAUCGCGAUUUGACAUCUAUUCCUACAGGAAUCCCAGAGGAUGCUACUACCCUCUUCCUUCAGAACAAUCAAAUAAAUAAUGCUGGGAUUCCUUCAGAACUGAAGAACUUGCUUAGGGUGGAAAGAAUAUAUUUAUACCACAACAGCCUAGAUGAAUUCCCCACUAACCUCCCUAAGUACGUUAAGGAACUGCAUUUGCAGGAGAACAAUAUAAGGACCAUUACUUAUGAUUCACUUUCACAAAUUCCUUAUCUGGAAGAACUGCAUUUGGAUGAUAAUUCCGUUUCCGCUGUUAGCAUCGAGGAUGGAGCUUUCCGGGACAACAUCUAUCUCAGACUUCUUUUUCUCUCCCGAAAUCACCUUAGCACCAUUCCCUGGGGUUUGCCUAAAACCAUAGAAGAGCUACGCUUGGAUGAUAAUCGUAUUUCCACGAUUUCAGAGCCGUCCCUUCAAGACCUUACAAAUCUAAAACGCCUUGUUUUAGACGGAAAUCUUCUAAAUAAUCAUGGAUUAGGAGACAAAGUCUUCAUGAAUCUAGUCAACCUUACAGAACUGUCGCUGGUCCGCAAUUCGCUCACAGCCGCACCGGUGAAUUUGCCAGGAACAAACCUAAGAAAGCUUUACCUUCAAGAAAACCACAUCAACCGUGUGCCACCCAAUGCUUUCUCUUACUUAAGGCAGUUGUAUCGACUAGAUAUGUCCAACAACAAUCUUAGCAACUUACCUCAGGGUGUCUUCGAUGAUCUGGACAACAUAACUCAACUUUUCCUUCGCAACAACCCUUGGAACUGCGGGUGCAAAAUGAAAUGGGUGCGCGACUGGUUACAGUCAUUGCCUUUAAAAGUUAAUGUGCGUGGACUGAUGUGUCAGGCACCAGAGAAAGUCCGUGGAAUGGCUAUCAAAGACCUCAGCGUGGAACUAUUUGAUUGUAAGGACGAUGGCAUGAUGAGCACCAUCCAAAUCACUACCGCGGUACCAAACACCUUAUACCCGGCCCAGGGCCACUGGCCGGUUUCUGUGACCAAACAACCAGACAUCAAGACUCCCAACCUAAACAAAAACUACAGAACCACAGCAAGUCCAGUGCGCAAAAUCAUUACAAUAUUUGUGAAAUCCGUAAGCACGGAGACUAUUCACAUCUCCUGGAAGGUUGCACUACCAAUGACUGCUUUAAGACUGAGCUGGCUCAAGAUGGGUCACAGCCCUGCCUUUGGAUCUAUAACUGAAACAAUCGUUACAGGCGACAGAAAUGACUAUUUGCUCACAGCUCUCGAACCGGAGUCGCCGUACCGCGUGUGCAUGGUUCCCAUGGAAACCAGCAACAUCUAUCUCUCCGAUGAAACGCCUGAAUGCAUCGAGACCGAGACGGCCCCUCUGAAGAUGUACAACCCCACCACGACCCUCAACCGGGAGCAGGAGAAAGAACCUUACAAAAACUCCAGCUUGCCCUUGGCUGCCAUCAUCGGUGGGGCGGUGGCGCUGGUGGCCAUCGCACUGCUGGCCCUGGUCUGCUGGUACGUCCACAGAAAUGGGUCCCUGUUCUCCCGGAACUGCGCCUACAGCAAGGGACGCCGGAGAAAGGAUGACUACGCUGAAGCGGGAACCAAGAAAGACAACUCCAUCCUAGAAAUCAGGGAGACUUCUUUCCAGAUGAUACCAAUAACCAAUGACCAAGUGUCCAAGGAGGAGUUUGUAAUACACACCAUUUUCCCACCUAACGGCAUGAAUCUGUACAAGAACAGCCACAGUGAAAGCAGUAGUAACAGGAGCUACAGAGACAGUGGUAUUCCAGAUUCAGAUCAUUCACACUCAUGAUACUGAAGGACAUGAAAGACUGGUUUGGGUUUGGUUGGUUUUUUUUUGGUUUUGUUUUUUAAAGAAAACGAGAAAAGACUGACUUAACAGUUGCUGUUCUACUGCAAAACACUGGAUUAAAAGACUGACAAAGCAAUGUACUGUACAUUUGCCAUAUAAUUUAUAUUUAAGAACUUUUUAUUAAAAGUUUCAAAUUUCAGGCUACUGCUGCGAUUAAUGUAGUGGGGAUACCUGACCACAAUUCUAUAUUUUAGUAUUUUUUAGUAAUUUGUACUGUAUUUUCCUUGCUAAUAUUGAAGUUACAGACCAUUUAACUUUUGUGUUCUACUGAGUAAGAUGACUUGUUGACUGUGAAAGUGAAUUUUCUUGCCGUGUUGAGCAGUCAGAACAUUCAUCUGAGAUCCUUGUAAGUGUAAGCACAGGCCAUUUUUCACUUUGGUAUCAAUAAAACAAUGUUGAACCUGGCAAAUCAGAAACAUCAAGAAGUGGUUGCAAAAACUCACAGAACUUUCAGUGUUGGGUCUAUUAAAUCUGUAAACCACUACAAUAUUCAAUAAACAAAAAUGCGUGUAGUAAUGGGCAAUAUCAGCUGUCUGGAUAUAUCCAUUCAACAAUGGUGACAUCCAAUUUAAAAGAAAAUAAGCAAAUCGAUGACAUCCAUGAGACUGAAGGUUUUGACAUGUGUCAAAAAAAAAGAAUUGAUCCCUGGAAGAAAGCCUAAUCAGAUUCCUAACAAGGAAUUCAAAAAUAUGUGCUAGGCUCUACAAGCCAAGGGGGUAGACAGGGCUUAGGGAUAGGUUUCUGGUUAUCAAAGCCAGUGGGCUGCUUAUUACAGAGGUAACAGUGAUGGAUGGUCACAGGCAUUUGGGAGGCAAGGGCAGGAGGACAGAGACAACACUUGGAAACUGCUUUGAACAGAGAAAGGGCUGAAAGUGCAGUUUGUAAGGAAAGAGGGGGACAAAAAGGACAGGCAAUAUAACAAGGUCUCAAAAACUUUAGUCACGAAGGUAAGCAGACAAUUGGGGAAUACAGCGAUUUUUAACAAACAGUAUACAGGUAUGUGUUCAGUACACUGCCAUUACAGUCAGGAAUACUGCCCAUUACUGUCACAGUUUUCCAGAAAUUCCUGGAUAAAUCUGUAAGGGUAGCAUGUUUCUUUCUGCCUUCCUACUGAACUAUGAGCUAUUUCAUGUUUAAACCCCGAGCCACUCUCUGUUGCCGUAAUCAUUUGUUUCUUCGACUAAAAACCAAAGUGCUUUGUACGCCCUUUGGCCAGUCUUGUGUGUGCCUUGAUCCAACGCUACAUGUAUCAAGCUUUUAAAAACUUUAAAAAAGGACAAAAAAAUAAAAUACCCACUUUUUCAUAUGUAACUUCA